AUGGCGAUCGGUCAAGGUCAACUGGGUGGAGGGAAUGGCAAGGCGCUCUUGGCUGUGGACAGCGAGCUCGAGCUUGUCCAUAAACUUGUCCUUGCGAUGGCCAAUCGUACCACUAUUUCUAGCGACGCAGCCACACGAGCAGGUGCACUCGAAGCUUUGCAAGAGAACACCUGGAGAGACGAACAUCUGACGCUGCUCGAUAUCGUGGAGAAAGACAUUCCGCACGCGGAGUUUGCGUUCUUAUCCGCUUGUCAUACCGCCAUUGGCGGUGAGGAGACACUCAACGAAGUCAUUCACUUCGCAAGAGAGUCGCGGUCAACAAUCGAAGAUACUUCGCUCUGGUUCACUACCUCGCGAUGACGCACAUGGUAACGGUGAUCGUGUGGGUGCAGAGGGCCGCGAGAAUUUCCACGGGAAGGAUAACGAGGGUCAUAUUGAAUAUCAUUCUGAGGAUCGCGCCGGACAGGCUCAUCACGAAGGUCGUGGAGAGGCUCGCGGGGGUUGUGUACAGAUCAGUUGGCAUGACUCGAGCUCGAUGGUGAAUUAA